AUGUCUGUAUCUGAAAAGAACUCUGUGGUCGAGGAGGACCAGCCUGAUGUUUCCGUCGAGGAUCGCAGACUUUUACGCAAGGUUGACCGUAGACUUCUGCCUGUUUUCACUCUGCUUUACCUCCUUAGUUUCCUGGAUAGGUCAAACAUCGGAAAUGCGAAACUCGAUGGAAUGAUAACCGAUCUCGGCGUAGCUCCUGCUAGUUAUAAUACUGCUUUAGCCAUAUAUUUUGUCGGUUAUGUUAUUUUCGAGAUCCCUGCCAAUAGAUGUAAUCCGCAAGUCUGGCUUCCGUCAUUGACUCUUGUCUGGGGUAUUGUCUCCAUUUGCCAAGGCCUUGUCAAAAACCAAGCCGGGUUAUUUGGAAUCAGAUUCUUACUUGGUGCCGCGGAAGCUGGUCUAUUUCCCGGUGUAAUAUACGUCUUCUCAGUAUAUUAUUUGAGACGCGAGCGGAGUUGGCGAGUUGCAAUUUUCUUCGGUGGUUCGGCAUUGGCGGGAGCAUUUGGAGGGAUAUUUGCAUAUUGCAUUGGGUUGAUGAAUGGCGUGGGCGGAAGAAGCGGUUGGCAAUGGUAUGUUCGUGCUCUCAUGCAUCACCUCAUUAACACAACGUCGAAAAGGAUAUUCAUUCUUGAAGGAAUACUGACAGUGGCCAUUUCCCUCAUCGCGUAUUUCAUUGUGCCGACUUGGUCUCACGAGGCCAAAUUUUUAUCCGAAACAGAGAAAACGCGCUUACUAGAUAGAUUGCGAGCAGAUUCUGAUGCAGGAACUGACCAAGCUUUCAAAUGGUCGUCCGUCGGAGAUGCUUUCAGCGAUCACUUGGUCUGGGCAUAUGCAUUCCUUUUCCAUGGAUUCUCUUUUGUACUGUACUCGUUCAGCUUUUUCCUGCCUACAAUCAUCGCGGGACUCGGCUUUGAGACAUGGCAGGCUCAACUGAUGACUGUUCCCCCGAAUGUGCUCGCAAGUUUCUCAAUAUGGACCACAGUAUAUUUCUCAAGUAGGUACAAUGCAAGAGCACCCUUCAUCAUAGGAGCUGCAAUUGUAUGCAUCAUUGGAUAUAUCCUGCUCAUCACUUGUACGAGACCCGGUCUUCAAUACUUUGGAGUACUCCUCGCAGCGGCUGGUGUGUAUACAGGCAAUUCGCUUCUUCUAAGUUGGCCCGGGGAGAACGUUUCUGGUCAGGCUAAACGUGCAGUUGCGGUAGCUCUUCAAAUCAGCGUCGGCGAUAUUGGAGCGAUUGCAGGCUGUCUGAUCUACAGGCCCACACUGAGCAGUCGGCUGUACCGCACACCCAAUCUUAUAGCCAUCGGCUAUCUCCUUUUCGCGAUCGUAAUGGUCACAUAUUUGUGGGUCAUGAUGAGUAUGGAAAACAGGAGGCGAGAUCGCUUAUUGCCAAAGGAUGAGGAUGAAACCGAGGAAGAGAGAAUCAGGCUGGGUGAUCGUUCUGUGCGCUAUAGAUACCGAAUUUGAGCAGUUUGCUACAUGUCAUCUAAACAUCCAUUAAACGACUUUCCAGGAGGAAUAACGUAGUGGGUAGUGUGAUGCGAUAUUAGUAUGUGCGUAACGUGCAACGAGCACGCGUAUAGUGAUAUAAACAUAAUGGACAGACUAAAAACUACGUGGUCACACGGCGCCUCUUGUUAGCACGCGUUGUCCGUUGCCGAUACUCGUCAUCACCAUCAUCUUCGGUGAAGUAAUCGUCUUCUGCUGCG